AUGCAGCCGACGGAAGUGGAGGCCUCCGCAGAGACGCUCAAGCGCAUGAGCCCAGGACGCCGGCAGGAGGUCCUGACAGCCUACUUCCAUCCGCACCGAGGUCUGGGCUACAACCUCGGGCGGGUUCCCAUCGGCUCCUGUGACUUCUCGCUCUACUCGUGGACCUGUGGCGACCUCAAGGAAGGCGACAUGGAUCUGAAGGGGUUCAGCCUCGAGCGCUACGAGGAGGCAAUCAACCCGCUGAUGCGAGAUGCCGCACGCACUCGUGGCGCUCCCAUGGAGAUUCUGGCGAGCCCCUGGAGCCCCCCUCCAUGGAUGAAGACGCGGCGCACCUUCCACGGGGAAGGACGCUUGCUGCCGCACUGUCGGGAUGCCUGGGCGCGCCACUUCGUGCGCUUCGUGGAGGAGAUGAAGUCUGCGGGUAUUCCGCUCUGGGGCGUGUCAGUGCAGAACGAACCCGAAGCAGCUCAAUGCUGGGAGCCGGGACCCAAGAACUUUCAGGCCAACUACCUGCCGGCAGUUCGGCCCGACCUUCGGAAGCGCCUGGGCGAUGGGAAGCUCCUUCAAUUCGUGGCCCUCUUCCCCGAGCUCCUGAAAGUCCGGCCCUGGCACGGUGGCCACCUCCUCUCCGUCAAGACUGCGGAAGCCCCAAGUUCUGGGGAAAUGGCGACGGCCGUCGGCCGCGCCCCGCUGGGCGCCACACGCCCUGGGCCCUCGGGGCCCAAGACGCCCGGAAGUUGCGGAAGCUCCGUGAGCGAGCGGGCGGUGCACGCCCUGCGGCAGCUGGAGCGGGAGCUGAUCCAGCGCCUGGCCACACGCCUCACGCGAGGCUCCGAAGCCGAGGCUGUGGACGUGGCCUGGCUCCUCCACAACGGCAAGGUACGGCGGCGCAUUGGAGCUGUGGUCCGCUUCCACCCUGUGGCCGAGCUCUUCGUGCAGAGCGCUGGCGCGGGCAGCGCCAGCGCCCGGGAAAGGGGAUCUCGUGAGAGUGGCGAGGACGAGGCGGAGGAGGGCGUGGAAGACUCAACUGCAGCACUCCCCCAGCCUGGGACAGCAUCUUCGUGUCCGCUGUCUGACCACGCCAGGACGUAUGCUGGGUACUUGCUGCAGUUCAUUCGCGAUCGGCCGGAGUUUUUCCACUUGCGCAGCGUUGGCGGUUUCUGCGAUUCAUGGGGCAUCCUUGACCAGGCAUGGACCGACCAGCCUGCAUCUAUGACGACGCUGCCUGCUCGUGUCGUAUGA